UCGAAGUCCAACCAUCGGACGAUAUUUUGGUUCUGCACAGCAGCUGAUUGAUUGGGUCCAGGAAAAAUAGAAUGUUCUGGACUGUUUGUUUGGGCAUUGGUCUGUGUGUACUGGUAUGGGAGUUAUUUAAACCAGUUCCUUCUCCUAUCAAUGGAGUCUACAGACAGCCAGGUCGAUGGUACCAUCUGAAGAGGCUGGUUUUCCUUGGAUUGUUGAAACUGCGACAAAGAAAGAAGAGAAAGGAAAAAUCACUGAAAGAGGGGAAUGUUGGGUAUGGGCUGUCUGUAACCGACCCUGAAAAAAUGGAGGAGAGCCCGCCAUUAUUAGAGCAUCCUCAUGCAAUAGACUCGGUCUAUUUUGGAGGAUUCAAUAAAGAUGGCAUAUAUUUUGUGGCAAGAGUUGCCCGUCGACAUGGUCGGUAUGCUGAGGUGUGGCUCUACCUACACUUGCCAGGAGUAGGGGAUUUCCAUCACCCCGUCCACCCAGACACACUGAUAAGUAACGUGACCCCAGGGACUCUCACUGCUGGGGGUCUGAAGAUUGAGAUGUUGGACCCAAUGGUGAGAUGGAGGGUCUCUUUUAAUGGGCUUCUCAGGAAAGGAGUUUGUAAAGAGCUGGACAAAAAGGAGGGCUCCUUGGUGCACACCAAAUUCUCCUUUACAUGGAAGGCAGUGACAGACCCGUUUAAUUUUGACACAGAUGUCAACCCCAAGGCUCUUGCUGAUGGGAUAGCAAGAGAGGGGUGGACAAGAGAGUUCUUUAACAAACUGCAAAGGGACCACCAGACGCACUAUGAACAGUGGGGGGAGCUCAGUGGCCGGUUACAGGUGGGUGGGGGUGAGGAACAGAGCCUGAGGCUGAAGUCUGUCAGGGACCACUCUUAUGGUGUACGAGACUGGAGGUCUAUUUAUAGAUAUGUCAUUCACUUCAUUUUCACUGAGGAUGGUACCAUUAUUCAAGUGGGGGUGGUCAGCCUGCCAGAAAAUAUGUCGCAUUUAAAGAUUGGCUAUGUCAUGUUCCCAAGUGCCCAGACAUUUUCUGUGGAGGAUACAGACAUACAGUUAUGGCGGAUCGCACCUGACGAAGGCCCACUGAACGAGUACAGCUUCAGUUUUAAAGCAGGAGGAUUGAAAUUCAAUGUCGAAGUAAAAGGGGAAGUAGCUCCAGAGUUUUAUCAUCAUGAGGAUCGAGGCAGCCAUAUUUACGAGAAAUGUUCUCGUUUUGUUGUGAACGGGAGACCUGCUUACGGAAUAGCAGAGUUCCAUUAUAGAAAUAUGAAUGGACCAAGCUACACUCCUCCCAGUUGCCUCCCUUUGCUGUGUGAGCCUUGGGAUUUGCCCUCGGGUUUGGACGAGGCUCUGACUCUUCCUUUUACCAAGGAGGCUUGUGGGAGCAGUCCACUUGUGGGAGGAAAGGGGUCGCAGCUUGGCCUGCUCUCCUCUAUCCAACACAAGGAGGACUUUGUGGUGACGAAGGGAUUUUCCAUCACAUUAAAUGCAUACAGACAACAGCUUCAGAAAGAGCCAUCUAUUGUCACAGCCAUCACAAAAAUUGAAGAAUCUUUCAGAACAGGAACCCUUCAGGACACCCAGUCUCGUUGCUCGGACGCUGUGGAAGCCAUUGCUGGUAGUAUCAUCACGGACAGUGUCAGGGCCGCCAUUUUAUCCUCAAUGGAGGAAGUGUUUGGUGCUGAUUUUGAACAUAGUUGUGUCGCUGUAAGGUCAUCAGCUUCAGGUGAGGACGGUACUGAGGCCUCGGGGGCGGGGCAGAUGGAGACCUUUCUGGGCGUGUCCGGAAUUGACAAGGUGCUGGAGUCGGUGAGUAGAUGCUGGGCCUCAGCAUACAGUUUCCAGGCUGUCCAGUACAGGAGACAGAACGGUCAACCAAUCAGAGUGCUGGUGGGUGUGGUUAUCCAGGAAAUGGUCAAAUCUGAGGUGUCCGGGGUCCUUUUCACAAACCACCCAGUGACAGGAAGUGCUGAUCACAUGGUCAUCGACGCUUCCUACGGGCUGGGAGAGGCGGUUGUGUCGGGGAAGACAACCCCCGACUCUAUCACGGUUCUCAGAGAUUGGUCGGACAAGGUCACAGUCCAGAGUAAACAGAUUGGAGCCAAAAAUCUACGCAUUAUAGUCAAAGAGGGAGGAGGACUCGAGGAGCAGUCAGUCAGUGGGGAGGAUAUGUGUUGUUUGUCCGACUCACAAAUACAGCAGCUGUGUCAGAUUGGAAUAAAGUUGGAGAAAUAUUUUGGUUCCCCCCGGGACAUAGAGUGGGCGCUGGCUGGGGACAAGUUUUACCUGUUACAGGCUCGUCCUAUCACUACCCUGGAGGAAGUCACCGACGAGGACCUGAUCCACGAGUUUGACGACCCUCUCAUCACUGACCAGGAGUGGCUAACUACCGGAAACAUCAGUGAGAUGAUGCCAGGGGCAACAACUCCUCUGACCUACUCUGUGUUUGCGUCUGCCAUCGACCUUUCUUGUCUGGAAGUGCUUGUCAAGUUGUGUGGGAGUCCGAGUUACCACUACCCCAGGAAGAUGCUGCUCAGCUGUUGUGGUCACCUCUUUAUAAACCUCAUGCCGUAUGAUAGUGGCUCCAUGAACAACAUCUUUGGGAAGAAGGAGAACAUGGAACUGACUGUUGUGGGCGAGACGUUAGCCGACCUCACUGAGGACUCUGUCAAGUCGUACCACGGACCGUUCACCUCACGCCUCAAAACUGUCAUAAACACCAUCAAGUACCUAACCAGUGUGACUCCUGCCACAAAUAAGAAGUGUGAUGAUUGGGCGAAAAAGGCAGACAGCUACGAGGUGAUUGACCAAUCAUCUGAUUGUCUGCAGAUGUACAGGGACAUCAGUAAGAAUCUUCCCGACUACACAGAGGUUUGGAAGGUUGGACUCCUGAAGAGUGGCAACUCUGGAGCCUGGGCGGCGGCCAUGUUUGGAGUUCUACUUCAGGGCAAAACUGAGUACAGCAAUGAGAUGUGUUCGGAUGUGGCCGUCAUUCUCUCUCAGUGCCAGGAUGUUUACAGUGCGGAUGUACCGGUUGCCAUUCAGGGUCUUGCUCGGAGUAUCGUAACCUCGGGGCUAGAGGACAGAUUCCUCAGCGGAGAUGACCAGGGGUGUGUUGAGCUGCUGUCUGACAAUAGUGUGCCCGCUGUAACGGACCUGUAUGAGGACUUCAUGAAGAGACAUGGCCACCGCUACAUCAGAGAGGCUGAGCUGAUGGAGAAGUCUUGGCAGACCAACCCCGAGAGACUGGUACAGGUGCUGAAGAAAAUCAUUAAAAUGAAAGCAUACCAGGAAAGACAAAAAACCAGCUUCAGCAUAAAAGACACCAUUGCCAAUCUGCAGACGCCACUAACUAAUGGAGAAAAGAGGAGUCUGAAGUUCAUUCUCCCCAGAGCGCGGCGAGCGGUGGGGGAGAGGGAGUUCGGGAAGUCGCUGUGUGUGAAGGUGGCCGACAAGUUCAAACAGGCGUACUGGAGACUGGCCCAGAAAAUGGAACAAGAGGGUCGGUUACCAGAGAAGGAACUGUUGUUUUUCCUAACACAUCGAGAAAUCGGACAGCUACUGGAAACUCGCUCACCCAAGUUACUCACAAAAGCCAAGAGAAGAAGAAAGCUGUUGCCCAAACUGAUGACUUUGUCUUUUCCAAAAUACUCAGUAGGAGUUCCUAAGCCAAAAGAACAGGAGAGUUUUGAGGAACAGAGGAAACCUACCUUCACUCUUACUGGGAUGCCAAUCUGUAAAGGUCGAGUGACGGGGAAAGCACGGGUAGUCAAGACUCUAGAGGAGGCUAAUUCCAUACAGAGAGAUGACAUCUUGAUCGUGUCCUACACAGAUGUGGGAUGGACACCCUACUUCCCGCUGCUGGGGGGUCUGGUCACUGAGAUGGGUGGGCUGGUCUCCCAUGGGGCGGUGGUGGCCAGGGAGUUCCAGCUUCCCUGUGUGGUGAACGUUCCCAACGCAACACACUUGUUACAGUCAGGUGAUGAUAUAAUUCUAGAUGGACUGGCGGGAAAAAUAGAAAAGCUCGAAGGAACAAGCACAGAUUAAACCAGUGUGCUUGACUUUAAUCCAGUCUAAACUGUGGGUGUUGUGUAUUUACUUGUGUUUAUGUCUAUGUAACUUCACUACUCAACAAAGCGCACUGUGAUUUGAUUCAUAAUGUUGUUGUGAUGAAACCUUAUGAGAAUUUUACUUACAAGUAUAAAACUUAAAAUUUAUAUUUUCAUACAGACAAAAAUAUAUAAAGUGUAUAGUGAAAAUAAUAACAUCAUAUUGAGCAAGCCUUAGGAUAAAAACAGAAUCUGUCACCCGUAGAAACCAUGUCGACAGAUCGGAGACCAACACAGUUGAUCUUUCGAGGGUGCUAUAUGAUAAACUUAGUUAAUUUUGUUCAUGAUAGUUAACACUUCUAAGGUAUAGGUUUUAGGCAAUAUUAUUCAAAUAAUAGGAAAAGUACUGUAAACGUAUUACAGUACAUUUGGCUAAGUAUUCUAUUUAGCGUUUUUUGCGGAAAACGGCGUCCGCUUAAUCAAGUACUCGGUCACCAAUAGUAAAAUAUACAAGUAGAUAUAGAUAAGUACAUUUGGAUAUGCGCUAAAUAAAAUCUACGCUUAUUUGUUGAAAAAUCGUUUUCCGCCAAAUAUUGUACAUGCUAAAUAUAAUAUGUUUACAGUAAUGUGCUAUUUCAUACUUAAUGUCCCAAAGACCAAAUGUUUGUCUUACUGUUUCAGUUUUGGGCAGUUGCAAUUUUAAUUAAUGUCGCUGAUAUUAUAAUGGUUUUUUGGUUACAUCAUUGUCUAAUGCAUGUAUCCACAGUUUUGCCCAUUGCUGUGUUCCGUCAUCAAGGCUGGCAUUGUUUCAUUCUGAGGGCAAUAUGAUCAAAUUGAUCAAAUGUGUUUUUACAAAUCAGGUGUACAUUUUUACAUUUUGUUUUUUUAUAUACUUGAAGAUAGCCAAAUUUUUCUCAAUUUAUACAUUAUACACUUAUAAAUUAUUAUAUGUUUACAUCUUCAGGAAAGUGUUGAUUUCUAUUAUUAAUAAUAUUUACAUUAUGAACAGUCCAAUUAAUUAAAGAAUGUAUUAUGAAGACAGAUUACCAGUAGGCCUACUUAAUAUUGCAUGGGCAUUUUUUUAACAUCAGACAAAUCCUGUAUUUAAUUAGGCCUUGAGCUUAAUGACUCUCGAGCUGAUUUUGAAAUUUUAUAAAUGAUAGACAAUGAACAAGAACGUACUAUUAUAAGAAAUUAUCAUACCAUGCAUGACUUUUACGGUAUAUUUAGAAUCUAUAUUUUAUAUAUAAUAGCUAGAAAAUGUGUUAAAAGAUGCAUAAAAAAUAUACCAUGCUGUAAAUUAUUUUAAUACAGUACCGGUAACUGGGUAACUGGCCAGUUUAUUUUAUUGAGUUGGAUUGACUUGUUCUUGUUUUACUUUUUGAAUUUUUGCUAACUUUAUGCUCUGAACAAUUCACUUCGAGUCCAUUUCAUGGUAACUUACUUAAAUCCUGUAUGGAAGAGUCAUCCAAAAUUGUAAAAUAACAUGUUAAAAUUCCUUUCAUCAAUCUUGUGUCUUUUAAAAUGAUUAAAUCAGAUUGGAAUAACUUUGAAGUGUUACUGUCUUAUAUAAGGAGCUGUUUUUGGUAAUACGUCUAUAUUUACAUUGCCAUGCAUUUUGAGAUUUACAUUACAUGAUCAGUGCACUAAAAAGCAAUAAAUGCUAAAACGGC